GUGGCUUGUUGUAUACAAUUAUUACGUUUAAAAAACGUUGUUACCCACUUAAAAUAGCCAAUAACUAAACAAUUCUAAUUAAAUUUGACCGUAUUAAAUUAAUAGAAAUGCAGUAUUUAUUGUAAAUUACAAAUAGUGUGUGUGUGCGCGGUUUUUUUUUUUUUGAGGUUAUAAUCAUGGACCGAGAAUUUUGCCCAGAAAAGCACAAUUUCACCCUUGUAAAGGAACGAAUCAUCAAAACCAGCCAAAUGAUCGAAAUGUACAAAAACAAGGAAGCGACCCUGGCCAAAGCCACCAAGGCCUUUAAAAACCUCAAGGCCUUAUGCGAAACCAAAACCAAAAACUUGGCAAGGCUGGAACACGACAACAAUCUAAUUUCUUAUAGAAAUAACAUCUUGACGCAAAAAAUUGACGAGUUUAAUACAAACUACAACAAAAUCCUGAAGGAACUUGAAAACCUUAAGCCAGAAUACGAAAAGUUACUCGAAAAAUACAAUGACAAAUUAAUUGAGUUCCAAAACCUUGAUGCACGCUAUAACCAGUUAUUAAAACAAUGCAUUUGCCAUCAAGAAUUUGACGAAAAUCAAUUCAAAUACAAAGGCAUGAAAAUAUAUAGGGAAUUGAAACAAGACUAUAACCGGCUGAAACGCAAAAUAGAAUUUUGCAAUUGUGAAUUAUUGGAGCUACCGGAACACAAAGAAGAGUCUAGCGAAGAUGAAGAGGUGCCUCAGAUACUCAAAGAAGCUAAAAUAAUUCAAGAAAUUGAUUUAGUGACUAGAUUUACAGAAAGUCCCGUCAUUGAAGAUUCACAUCCGAGUAUCAUCAUAACUCCUCCAACUCCCAACGCAGAAACCAAGGACAAUUUCAUUCUACAAACCCCAAUCGAGGCACUCAAACAAAGACAAAUCGAGCGCAGGCGCAAAUACUGGAUCCCCAACAACUUCACCAAUUUCCCAUCCAGAAAAUCCUCAUCGGUCAAAACCAGAAAGUGCCUCAGCAAAAUACUAAGUCAACUAGUUAAGGCCAAAAUUACGAAUAUUAUAACUAAAAGACGCAGGAAAAGAAGGCUGGGUGAAUUUACAUCAGAAACCGAACCGGAACUGGAAAGAUUGUUUGACAGAAAAGGCAUUUUGGGUAGAAAUAGAAGGCUUGUUGCUUUGGCCAAAAUCCAAAAUCCUAACUCUAGUGAUUCGGACAUGUUGGACUCGGGAUUAGUAAGUGCUAGUCCAAAAAAUAGCACAGAUAAUGAUACUUGGUUGAAUUCCGAUAAGAUUCUAGCACAGGACCAGAGCAGCAGUUUGGAAGAGCUACAACAAAGAAAAGAAUCUCUGGAUUUGGAAGUUUGUAAGGGUCAGAGCAAUAGUUUGGAAGUUGAAUCGAAGAUUCUAGAAGAUCCAAGUUUGGAAAAAUCAUUGGAUUUUGAUUUGGGAGUCUGUAAGGAUCGGACUAAUACUUUAGAAGAGCUACAAAGAGAAAAAACUUUGCAUUUGGGUGUUUGUAAAGGUCAGAUCAACACUGUAGGGGAGCUACAACGAGAAGAAACUCUGCAUUUGGGUGUUUGUAAGGGUCAGAUCAACACUGUAGAAGAGCUACAACCUUUGGAUUUGGAAGUCUCUGAGAAUCAGACUAACACUUUAGAAGAACUUCUGAAUUUGGGAGUGUGUGAGAAUCAGACUUUAGAAAAACUAAAAAAAGAAAAAACUCUACAUUUGGGUGUUUGUAAAGGUCAAAUCAACACUGUGGAAGAGCUACAACAAGAAGAACCUCUGGAUUUGGGAGUUUCUGAGAAUCAGACCAACACUUUAGAAAAACUUCUGAAUUUGGAAGUGUGUGAGGAUCGGACUUUAGAAAAACUACAAAGAGAAGAAACUCUGCAUUUAGGUGUUUGUAAGGGUCAGAGCAACACUGUAGAAGAGCUACAACAAGAAGAACUUCUGGAUUUGGGAGUCUCUGAGAAUCAGACCAACACUUUAGAAGAACUUCUGAAUUUGGGAGUGUGUGAGGAUCGAACUUUAGAAAAACUACAAAGAGAAGAAACUCUGCAUUUGGGUGUUUGUAAGGGUCAGAGCAACACUGUAGAAGAGCUACAACCAGAAAAACCUCCGGAUUUGGGAGUCUCUGAGAAUCAGACCAACACUCUAGAAGAACUUCUGAAUUUGGGAGUGUGUGAGGAUCGGACUUUAGAAAAACUACAAAGAGAAGAAACUUUACAUUUGGGUGUUUGUAAGGGUCAGAGCAACACUGUAGAAGAGCUACAACGAGAAAAACCUCUGGAUUUGGGAGUUUCUGAGAAUCAGACCAACACUUUAGAAGAACUACAAAGAGAAGAAACUCUGCAUUUGGGUGUUUGUAAGGGUCAGAGCAACACUGUAGAACAGCUACAACAAGAAGAACUUCUGAAUUUGGAAGUCUGUGAAGGUCAGGUCAACACUGUAGAAGAGCUACAAAGAGAAGUCAAAUUGAAGAUGUCAAAUUUGGAACAUCCUAAUGUGGAUUUAGAAAUCUGUAGGGCUGAGACAAACAAUCUAGAAGAACUACAAAGAGAAGAAGCUCUGGAUUUGGGCAUCUGUAAUUUAGAAGAGCUACAAACAAAGGAAAUUUUGGAACUUCCCAAUUUGGAUUUGGCAGCUUGUGAGACUCUAGAAGACCUACAAAAAGAGAUUCUAGAUGAAGAAGAACUUCCCAAUUUAGAUUCAAAAACUUGUGAAACUCAAUCACAAAUUCUAGAAGAUCUAAUUGUGGAGCCAAAUUUGAAACCUUGUAAUGCUCAUGAGAAACUUUUGAAUUCUGAAACUUUGGACUCAGAACUGUCAACAAGUCCUUCAGAUUCACUAAUAAACAUCCUCAAAAGUCUUGAAACCAUGAAAUAUUCCCCAAUGUUGAGCCCUUUGCCUCCAUCACCCCAACCAAUAAAAUCAAGGGUUGCUACAACAUCAAAAGCAAUCACGUUUGAUGAUUAUGUAGAUCUUGAAGCUGAUUUGUACUUAUCAGAUGAAGAACCAAAAUUGCCCAAUAAAGGUUCAUUUGGCUUGGAAGAACCCCAAAAACCCCAAAGAUCUCCACACAAGAGAAAAAGAAACAGAGAUGUUUUAGGCCAUAUCCUAGAAGGCAUGGAGCCUUUGAAGCAACCAAUAGCAACCUUAACCGAAACAGAUCGGCCAAUGUCGCCAGACAUAAUCGAACUACCAUGCAAACUACCAAAACUAAUCCCACUUGAAAAACACCAAAAAUUAUCCAACAUGGAGGCUCGCGCCUUAAUGGACCAACUAAUAAUGUUCUCCUCAAGCGAGCCUAUUCUAAACGACAUUAUAAUAAAACUCAGCGGCCAAACAACAGGCCUAAUCGCCUGGAUAAUCCUGGACAAAUUACGCACGGAUAUUGGAAAAAUCCAAAAACCCACCAAUCCGGAUUGUCCUAGUUUGACGCAACUGCAACAAAUCUUGUUGGGGUUUUUGUGCAAACUGGACAAGUCGAAUUAUCCAGGAAUUGUGGAUAAGUUUCUGGAUAUGGCGGAUAAGGCGGUGAGGCGCAGGCACAACAACAACAUUACUCGGUUGUUUGUGGCUUUGUGUAAAAUGCGUAACGAUUUGUUGAGGGCCAGGCGGUUUGUCUUUAAUUGUUUUUAUUACAAUAGGAAUUUGGCCCCUUUGAGUGUAAUGUUUGUUGCGCUUAGAAUGUUUCCUCAAAUAUUGCCUUUUGCUGCAGAUGAUGAUCCUUUGGCCAAAUCCCUAGUGCAGAUUUGCUUUAGCAAGCUAAAGACUUGCGUCAAGUUUGUGCAUUUUGGACAUUUGCUCCAAGAUUACUACAACUACACUAUUCAGCCAAUUGAUUUAGUUUUCAAUGAAUUUUUCCACAAAUACAUUAAAAACCCUGCUAAAAAGCAAAUCGAGUUUUCCUUGCUGUUGCUUAUCAUCCACCAAGAAAGAGAUUGGAUUUUCGAUAAGAUACAGAGCAGGUUUUGGCCUCUUUAUGACGUCAUUCCUUGUAGCAACAGCAACCUGAAGGCAACCUUGAUUUUGUUUAUUGGCAAGGUUUGCACCCGAUUUGAGAGCGAGGAUAUUAUCGGCCAAGUGAAGCAGUGGUUUGAGAAUUUGAAGCAAGUCGAAAGCAGUACUUUGGUCAAACAAAGCUUGGCUUAUGUACAUAAAAAGUAUCCCAAAAUUAGUAAUGAUUAAAGAGUUUUUAUUGAGUUUUGUUCAUUUAUUUGCCUA